AUGGAUCGUGAAGAGGAAGGCCGCAGGUACCUGGAGCAGCACAAAAUCCCCGAACUUUUUCAUAACCUGAGCGCCUUGUUGCUCUAUCACCGCCCAGAAAAACCAAGAGAGUUCUUGAUACAGUCACUGGAAAAAAUAAAGCUUGCAAGAAUGACAAAUGACUAUCCUUAUCUUAUGGAUGAAUCAAACUUGAAUGCUAUGUUUGAUAUGCUAGAUACUGCAGGCCAGGGCUACAUAACCUUACCUCAGUACAAAGGAGCACUUCAAAGCAUGGGAUUGAAUACUGAUGAUAUAAUGUAUUUAGAUACAGACACAAUUACAUCAGAUGUCUUCAAGGAAGAUGUGAUGAAAAAAUUUGCAGCAAUGUGGGCAUCAUUUUAAUUGUGAGUGUUCUGCUCUAAAAACUCUGGUACCUUAUUGCUGAA